CUGCCUGAUUUGUGGGCAAUGUUGGGGAUGUAGAAAAAAAGGAAACCGGAGCAAAGAGAGCGCAAGGGAGAAAUAGGGAGACAACACUAACUGGGUAGCUAUGGAGAUAGUAGGUUUUCCUGGUAGCUUUCUUUGACAGAUGUCGAGUGGGAUAAAAUAAAGUAUCAGAACAGCCUCCAAGAUGUACGGCAAGGGUAAAGGAGCUGUGGUGCCCUCCGAUAGCCAAGCAAGAGAAAAGUUAGCGUUAUAUGUGUAUGAGUACCUGCUACAUGUGGGAGCACAGAAGUCCGCACAGACCUUCCUGUCUGAGAUUCGAUGGGAGAAGAAUAUUACAUUAGGGGAGCCUCCCGGAUUCCUGCAUUCGUGGUGGUGUGUAUUCUGGGACUUGUAUUGUGCAGCUCCAGACCGAAGGGAGACAUGCGAACACUCCAGCGAGGCCAAGGCCUUCCAUGACUACAGCGCAGCGGCAGCACCCAGCCCGGUGAUGGGCAACAUGCCCCCCAAUGACGCCAUGCCAGGUGGUCCCAUGCCUCCAGGCUUCUUCCAGGGACCACCCGGCUCUCAGCAGUCCCCCCACGCACAGCCCCCCCCACACAACCCCAGCAACCCCAUGAUGGGACCCCACGGCCAGCCCUUCAUGUCACCGCGGUAUCCAGGCGGACCCCGCCCCUCACUUCGAAUGCCAAAUCAGCCUCCAGGGGGAAUCCCUGGAUCUCAGCCUCUCCUGCCAAACAGUUUAGACCCGACAAGACCGCAAGGACAUCCUAACAUGGGUGGACCAAUGAGGAUGAAUCCUCCUCGAGGAAUGGCCAUGGGCCCACAGAACUAUGGAGGUAUGAGGCCUCCUCCCAACUCCAUGGGCGGCCCCAUGCCAGGAAUGAACAUGGGUCCUGGAGGAAGAGGGCCUUGGCCAGGACCUAAUGCCAACUCUAUAGCUUACUCCUCCUCAUCUCCAGGAAACUACGUGGGUCCUCCAGGUGGAGGAGGUCCACCUGGAACUCCCAUCAUGCCCAGCCCAGGUGACUCAACUAACUCCAGUGAAAACAUCUACACAAUGAUGAACCCCAUAGGACCAGGAGGCAACAGGCCCAAUUUCCCUAUGGGACCUGGGCCUGAUGGGCCAAUGGGAGCUAUGGGAGCCAUGGAGCCACACCACAUGAAUGGAUCACUAGGGUCUGGGGAUAUGGACGGGUUGCCAAAGAGUUCCCCAAAUAACAUGGGGGGCAUGAACAACCCUCCUGGAACGCCGAGAGAUGACGGUGAAAUGGGCGGAAACUUCUUGAACCCAUUCCAAAGCGAAAGUUAUUCACCCAACAUGACGAUGAGUGUGUGAUUUUAUUCUCCUCUUUUUUUGUACUUUUAUUUCCCCUUCCCUAUUUUUGACUCUAUACACCUGAUCUUUUUUUGUUCGAUUCAAUCCUGAUUUCACCUUGGAUUUGACCGCCUCCCCUCCUCUCACACACACACACACAUCCUCUGCCCUCUAAAUCCUCCACACGGGAUCCGCCUCGUCCCCCUCCCUCUUUUUGCACCCUCUCAUUCGGGACCCUGCGGCCACGCAGCCCUCUGGGACGGCCCUUGAGCAUGCUGGGACUCUAAUUAAAACGGGCCCUCCUGGGGCGUGCAAGAUGGCCGCUGCUCUGAACAGGAAGCAGUCACAGAGCAACAGGAAGGGCCUCCUCUCUGACUCCAGCCCUGGGCUCCCUGGCUUCCUGUCAGGUUCUAGACAAUGAGCGAGGGACGGAGGACAAAACGGGGAGAAAGGUGUUGAGGAGACUGAUAUCACAGCCCUCCCUUGUGCUGGAUCUUUUAAAGCAGCUGCCUGGAAGCUUCAUAACCACAACUUUGGACUUUUUACUAAGUAUUUUUGUCAUUUUUUUGUUCCCUGAUGGAUUCAGUUGUGGGUCGGAAAGACAACUCCUUUCCCCUCCAUGUUGUUCUCUUUGCGUGUACAUUUUUUUGAACAGAGGUGUUGUGAUGAUCAGUGAACUUUUAUUAUUUUUUCCAUUUUUUGUGUAUGUAUUGUAUCAUUGCUAUUUUUAUUAUUGUAUUAUUGUUAUUAAUGAAAUGACCAUUUAAGUUUAGGUUCUAAUUUGUGUUGUUUUAAGGGCACAUUGUAAUGAUGAAGACAGAGUAUGUGCAGACAAAACUAGCUGUCAUUUGACCCCAUGUGACCACACUGCCCCCUGCUGGUGACCCAUCAUGGUACUAACUGAGGUCGUUUAUCUUUUCACGGUUUUCAACCAGUUUAAAUUUAAAUCUUCCAAACUAGAAACAAAGAAGCAGCUCUGCUUUCGUAGCUCCUCUGCAGUGGUAUGCACAGCUCUAUUUAUUUAUGUACUUUAAAUUUGUUUAAAGACACAUUGUUCUCAUUGUUACUGUUUUUUAUGUUUUCCCUGUUUUUUUUAAAUGGCAGAACCAGUAGCAAGUGUGUAAAUAUGCAGAUCCAGUCAGCAGCACCUCCUCCUCCUUUUGACCCCACCUUAUGCUGCUUCAACCACGGCCGCCCUCUUAGUUCACUCCGAUGUGUAGUUAGACGAUGUUUACAAUCUCUGCUGACCUUAAAUGAACUCUUGGAUUGUCUUUAAGAAGUCCUCAACACACUGUGAUGUAUGUCUGUGCUUUAUGGAAACUUUUCUUUCACACACCAGUCAGUUCAGCUUCCAGACUUUCCUGCAGCGGUUGCUUCUAGAGAUGGACUUCAGGCUCUCUUCGGAGCAGGACAGGAAGUGGUGUGGUGUUGCUCUGUUGACUGUGACCUCCCUCUCUACUCACCAUCAAGAAGCCCUUCAUUUUCUUGCCUCUCAGACAGGCCGGGAUCUAAUCACACAACCCUCACUGAUUAUUUUUUUUUCUUUUGUACAAGCAUCCAUCUUUUGAUUUUCUUUUGUAAAUACUGUAAAAUGCAUUUUGAUAUCAUUGACAUGUUUUGAUAUUUUCAGAUCACAACAACAGUUGAUCAGAAAGUGUGCAGAUUUGGGGAAACUGUGAGUAACUGUGCAGAAAUGGUGUGUCUUUAACUCAGAAAUGAUAUAAAUGAUGAAAAACGCAUACUGGAGCUACUAUAGAUUAUAAUUACGCUUUUCUUCUCAUCAAAAAGAAAGAGGGUGGGGGGCUUAAUUGUGUAAAGAAGAGGAUGAGGCAGGGAUAAGUGUUUUUGAAAGUGUUUUAGCUAACUCGCUGUCACAUAUUUCCUUAAAUUCAUAUACUGUAAAAUCUGGAGUAUAGGACACACUGGUAUAUAUGCCACAGUUGCUGCCAGGAGGUUGCAGUGUCUUCCUGUGUGAUGAUUUCUAUUGUCUGUUUGUUGCUCAUUUAGUACCAUCUGUUUUUGCACCUAAGGGGCUUUCACAUUAGAGUCCCGGCCCCGUAUCAAAGUACAUUGAGCCCAAAGUUGGGUUAGUUUUGGUCGGUGUGAAUGCAAACAAACCACGCUCAGGAACAGGGCCCGGAGCCAGUUCUCAGGCAGUCUCAGGCUCGAUUCAAGUGGACUCAGUUUGAUUGAGACCUGAAUGCAAUCGUGCCCAAAUACAGGAUCAAGGCUACGUUCACUCUGCAGGUAAAAGUGACCCAAAUCUGAUUCUUUUCUGACAGUGUGAGCAGUACAAGUCACAUGGAAUCUGAUGUCUUCGAAUCAGAUCCAGACCACUUUGGCUACAUUCACACUGCAGGCCUUAACGCUCAUUUCUGAUCUUUUCGCAGAUUUUUUUUUUUUUGUUUGGCUGCUCACACUGAGGUUAAAUUAAAAAAGAUCAGAUAUGUAUCUGAUUUAGAACCACAUGUGAAGGUGGCCUGAAUCUGAUAUGAAAAGAUCAGAUUCAUUGUGACUGUGUGCUGUUCCCACUGCUAGAAAGAAAUCAGAUAUUGGUAACUUUUCACUGCAGUGUGAACAUAGCAUUUCAUAUGUGGCUCUAAAUCAAAUAUGUUUCUGAUCUUUUGGAAUUUGACUGCAGAUCAAAUGUUUAGAUACGAAGAGAGACUUAACUGACACCUAGAAAAAUGAUUCUAAAAACAUUCAUUAUCUUCCUUGGUGGAUUUGCAAACCAGCCACAUGCAUACCACCACCCGCUGUAUCAGAAUGACUGCAUAGGCAAGUGGUCCCGGGCACAGAUCAAACUUGUUAAUGUAAAAGCAAGCCAGUGGGAAUGGAGGGAAGUGGUAGGAACCGGGCCAAAUGUGAAAGCACCCAGCAAGUCGCUCUACCCACCUCCGCUGGUCACUUAUCUUUAACUGAGAAGUUUUUAAAAUCAAACCAUGACUCCACAAGGUUUAUUUCAAUAACGGAAUACCUCUUUUUACUCUACAUGCAGGAUUAUGGCCUAAUGAGGGAGAAAACAUGAAUAAAUAGCACCAACCUCAUCAGCUUAGUCAUUGCUUUAUAUUACAGCAUGCUGUGGGCCGUGAAGCAGCUGCUUGCAAUAUUCAAUGAAAGGGGGCAAAUUUUCACUGCAUCAGGUGGUAUGCAGUGUGCAACAGUGGCUGCACUUGAGGCAUGUCUCAGCACUAGUUUAUCAGUUGCAGGAAAAUUUUGGGUGAAAAGACAGGCAUUUAAAGUGCAUCUUAUACUCCGGAUUUUACUGUAAAUUGAACAGGAUUCUUGACAGGGAGCCUCCCUCCUCUCUGGGAUCCUGACUAAUUUUGAGUAAGGUGGCCCGAAGGCUUAAAAAAAAAAAAAAACUCUGACACAUUUCUGCUCCCUCCGCUCCAUGGUCAACAAGCAGGGCAGUCUCUCAAUCUGACACACCAGGGACCAGAGAACAUACUUUACUAUGAAGGAUUUUUUAACUAUUUAAAACCGGUGGGAGAAAAGUUUUUGAGGAAGAAAAGAUUAAAAAAUGAUAACAGAUUUGUUCUUAUUGCGGUAGAGAGUGCAGGGACAGGCGUUUCUUUCCUUUUAUUUGAACAACUGUUGUAUAAAAUGCAGUCGAACUUCUCUCUAUCUUUCUGUCCUGUAAGUACAGCCGUCACGACGUUGAUCAUUUCUGUAUUUCUAUCGUGCUGAUGUAUAAUACUGUAACAUUCAGGGGAAGGGAGGGUAAAGAGGAAUCUUUUUGAGGGAAGUCGAGAGUUUUUCUGUUCAGUCCCUCACUUUUCCUCUUGAUGACAAAGCAGUAUUGAAUAUGAGGCAGUGUCCUUGGGGGGUUGCUUUGUAUCUCAUGUUAGGGUAGUUUCAGAUCCUAAAUGUCUCGUGUAGUUAAAAAAAGAAAAAAAAAAGAGGUUCCUUUGUAUGUUUCUUUAUAUUGUAAAGUUUCUUUAGACGAAAAAUGUUGCUUAUUGGAAAAGGUGGGAAAAUUGCAUUGAUAAUGUAAUUUUUAAAAUUUAUUUUGGUUUUCUUUGAAUUUUCAUCAAGUUGUCAGUCGUUUUUGCCUGUGUCCCCCUUGUUGUAGAUACAUAUUAAAAACAAUUAAAAUGACUUCACACCUUUUGCCAUGAAA